AUGACUUUGAAUAAGAGAUUGCCAUAUAAGUUGGAAUUAUAUGCUGCCAAAGCCUUAUUAAAGAGUAUUGAGAAUGAAGCUGCGGUUGCUAAUGCUGCAGCAGUUGCUAUCGCUGCAGCACAAAAUGUGGCUAAAACACAAGAGAAGCAUGAGUUAGAGAGGAGGAUAGCAGUUGCUAGGGCUACUACUACUAAGGGCUCUAAUAACCGUCGAACAGCAGCAGCAGCAGUAUUACCGGGAUUUGCCAGUAUGAAUGAUGAUGAUGAAGAUGAUGAUGAAGAUAACAGAGGAGCGUUACCUCCUAGUAGUAUAGAAGGUAAUGGACAUCACUCAGGAGAAGAGAUUAAAUCACGUCAUCAACUUCGUCAUGAAGUUGAAGUUAUAAAAGAUACACUUAAGAAGGGUACAUUAACAGUAGCUGAGGAGUUACGGAAUAAAGAACGUCUUAGUACACUACAGAGUCUACUUGGUGGUAUAACAACAUUACAGGAAUCAGAAAUGAUAGGAAAAGCCAUGAGAGGAGAACAUAGUGGUGAUGUUGAUUAUUAUGAUGAUGAUGAACAAGAGACUGCUAAUCUAUAUAUUGGUAAUUUACCUUUUGGUGUUACUGAGGAUAUGCUUAUCAAAGAGUAUGGUAUAUAUGGAUCAAUCACGAGUGUCAAGAUAAUGUAUCCACGAACAGAUGAGGAAAGAUCUAGAGGUUAUGUACCAGCAUUCAUAGCAUUCUCAUCAAGAGAUGAAGCACAAGCUGCCAAGGAUGCAAUGGAAAGUGGCCCUUGUACAUUUGGGGGUGCUAUGAUGAGGGAGACUGUAUUAAGAGUAGGAUGGGGUAAGGCUAUGAACUCGGCUCAAGUUAAAACAGCACAACGUAAUAAGAAUAUGUUAGUACAAGUAGCCCAACAACAAGAACAACAAGGAGAACAAGGAGAAAGGACUGCCAUACAAGGGAGUACUGGAUCCACUCUAAGUCGUCAUAUACAUGUGGAGAUACCUAAGUCUGAUACACAUAGAUCAUUGAUAGAUAAGAUCGCUAGAAUGGUAGCUGAUAAUGGUCGUAAUGUUGAACAAGUAGCUAUUAUGAGGGUACAGGCUCGUAAUGGAAGGAAGGAGAAGUAUAACUUCCUCUUCGACUAUGACUCUCCUGAUGGUCAAUAUUACCGUUGGCGAACAUUUGCCUAUGCUCAAGGGGAUAGUGGUUCACGAUGGAGGACCGAGCCUUUCAUUAUGUGUCAAGCUAAUCCUUUAUCUAAUGAUCCAAGUGGUCCUGGUGGGAGAUCUCGUAUUAAGAUAGGUGGUAAGGCACUAUUACCAUCAGAUAAAGCACUAUUUAUGGAUAUGCUACAUAAUCUAAAUAAUACUAGAAGGGACUCUAUUAAGGAAAUAAUGGUAUGGUGUAUUGAUCAUACUGAUAGUAGUAUAGAGAUAGUUGAUAUUAUAGUGGAUGAGAUAGUGAGAGAUUCCAACGAUGAUAAUAAUAAUAAUAAAGAAGAAAAGGAUGAUGAUAGGAGCACAGGAAGCAUGAUCAAACAGAUAGCAUUAUUGUAUCUAAUAUCGGACAUACUGCAUAAUAGUGGAUGCUCUACUAAGAAUGGUGCUUGGAGUUAUCGUACACAAAUAGAAGGGAAAUGUGCAUUGAUAAUGGCAACAUUUGGUAAGAGGUGCAGAAUGAGAAUGAGGAAUAGGAAUAGGAAUAAAUCAUUUGUCAAUGGAGAGCUAGAGAAGUGCUGUAACGUGUUGAAUGCAUGGGAACAGAAUGCUAUAUUUGCUCCUGAGUAUUUGAAAGGGUAUCAUAAGAAGAGUAUUACGAGUAUAGAUGCUGGUGCUCAGGAUGAUGGUAUAGAUGGUGAAUCAGUUGGUAGUGAUGAUAUCAGUAUAGCAUCAUCAUCACUAGACUAUGAUGAUGAAGAUGAUGAGGAUAUUGAUGAUAACUCUGGAUACCAUGGUACGGGAGUAGUAGAAUUCACUAUUCUACCUCAUACGAGAACAGAUAGUAACAGCAGCAGCAAUGAUAAUGAUAUGGACGAAGUCUACACAACCAACAACAACAACAACCACAAUUUGUCUGAUAACUCUAAAACCUUUAUUAACUCUCUCCUUUGUUUUAUGGGAAGUGGCAUAUUAGGUUUGCCACAUGCGUUCAACGAGAUAGGUCUCAUUGGUGGUAUUAUUAUACUAUCGUUUAUUGCAGGACUAGCACUUCAUUGUAUGUUAUUGAUAGUGCAUUGUCAAAGUUAUCUAAGAGACAAUAGAGCUAAGCAUGCAGUGACCUAUGGUGAUAUUGGAUAUUAUGCAUUUGGCAAUAUUGGCACUUUAUUGGUUGAUAUAUGUGUUAUAUUAACUCAGACGGGUUUUGCUGUGGCAUAUCUUAUAUUUAUAUCUCAUAACCUAUACGAUACGAUCCUCCAUCAUGGUGGAAGCAGCUUCCUAACAGAUGAUGAUGAUGAUGCUACUACUAAUACUAGCAGUAGUAUGCCACUAUCACGAGGGACCAUAUUACUCCUUAUAUCACCACCUCUAGUCAUAUUAUCGUGGUUACGUCAUUUGAAGAUGUUAGCACCAUUCUCACUAUUAGCAGAAAUAGCUAUCAUAUUCGCCUUGAUAGCACUAUUCAUCUUCGAUAUCAAUAGUAUAAUAAGUCAAUUAUCACAAGAUGCCGAUGUCGUUAAUCAACAACACCAACAAGGAGUAGAAGAUAAUACCACUAUUACUACCAAUAAUGCUGUUGGUGGCGAGGAGGAGGAGGAGGCUCCCCAAGAUGUCACCACUUUAAUACCUUAUAAUGUGAACUGGUGGUUAAACUUAUCUCGAUUACCAUAUUUUUUUGGAAUAUCAGUUUAUUGUUAUGAAGGUGUUGGUAUGGUGAUGCCUAUUAAAAACAGUAUGCAGAAUCCAUCAUCAUUCGAUCGUAUUUGGCGACUCUCGAUGAUACUCGUCACCACUGUAUACUGUGCUUUCGGUGCCCUGGGUUUAUUAGCCUUCAGUCAUUAUUCGUAUAUCGACAGUAUCAUAACGAGAGCAUUACCAAACGACACUAUACUUUCUCCUCUAAUACAGGUAUCGUUGUGCAUUGGUCUCUAUCUCACUUAUCCUCUCAUGCUCUUCCCCGUAUUUGAAUUGAUGGAUGUAUUCUUCAAUUCUAAUAUUAGGCCAUACUUAUGUUCUAAUGUAAGCAACAACAGCAACAACAGCAGCCCAGGGAUGUAUUAUCACUUACUCACCCAUUAUAUCUUCCGAUUGGGAUACGUAUCGUUAACAGCAAUAUUGGCAGCAUACAUCCCCAACUUUGGAGCAUUUAUUUCCCUUGUCGGAGCCAGUGCUAGUGCCACAUUAGCAUUUAUUCUCCCACCUGCAUUCCAUAUCAAGCUACGAGGACGGGAGUUAUCAAAGUGGCAGUAUCUCCGGGAAUUGGUAUGCAUAAUGAUAGGAUUUGCUGGUGGCAUCAUCGGUACGGUGGAGGCUUGCAAAGAUGCACUAGGAGCUCUACAAGGCCAGGAUGUUGAAGGUUAACAUAUCUGUAUGAUUGUAAUCCUAUUCUGCUCAUUGCUGUUCUGUUGCUGCUCUAACCUGCCUAUUACAAGUUCUGAUGUACAAUUUGACGUACAUGAAGAAGAAGAAGAAAAACUACUCUCUUUUCACAGUCCAAAGAACACCUUGGCACAAUUACUCAUGGGUAUGUAAUUUUCGAGAUGUCUGGGGGUAUCUGCAAGCAUAUAAUCUGAUGAUUGCUUCAUCGUCCGGUGUAUUCCUGGUUAGGGUUAUAUAAGAUGUCUUUCGAGAAAGAGAUGAUCGACAUGUGUG